AUGUUUGCCCCCCUGAUUCCUGGCAACACAAGAACAUACAUCUACAACACGGAGUACGCGUAUUACACGCAGUACAGCAAGGGUCUUUUUGGCAUCACGAUGCGAAAGAUGGGUUGGGAUUGUUUUCGCCACUACGAGAUAAUCAUGUCGGGCAGCAUUCCCUUCUUCAUCGGCCUGGAGGAUAUGCCAAAUCGUACAAUGACAAGUUUCCCCAGGGCGCUGGUCGCCAGUGCAAUGGCACUUCCAGGAGUUCCGUCACAAGCAGAAGUUAAGGAAUCGAUGGCUAAGGGGCAGGUGCCUCAAGUGAACCUGGAGCAGUUUGACAUGAAAGCAUACAUGACGCUUCGCAAUCAAUUGAUGGAGUAUGCAGCGCAGAAUCUCCUGACCACCAGCACCGCUUCCAAGGUCGUGCCUCAGAAAGUUAUGCAAAAGGUGCUAGUGCAUUCGAGAGCUCCGGAGGUAGGAUACGGGCAGUUCGUGCUAGUCAACGGGCUUGUGAACAAUGGACACUCAGUGUGCGCACGGCCUGAAGGGAUGCUGGACACUAUGCGAGAUGAUUAUGCGGGUGCUCUGGACACUGCGUACGGAGGAGGCUUCUCUUAUGCACGCACUGUAGAUCACACGAAGCUGGGGCGUGACUGCCACGGGCCAUGGGACUACUACCUCUUGCUUGCCGAGGACGGUGAUGAUUAUCCAGAGCCAAAUAGUGAAGACGCAGAGCAGGCAAAAAACAUCUUCGCCAUCAAUUUUGACGACAAGAUUCAGGCCUCUUUGCGGGCUCCAGCCGUGGCAACGGAGUACUUUGUCAGAGAGCUUUGA